AUGAGUCCUGGACAGGCGUUAUCUUGCGCGGCGUCGGCGGUGCCCCGAUCGUCUCCUAGAGCGCGAGCGCGCGGCGCGGCGACGGCUUCUGAUCCGAAACGCCCGGAGAUCGGCGCGAGGCGCCGACGUGCUCGUUCGCCGACGCGCGCGACCUCGGAAGUGAACGCGAGCACCGAGAGCGAGAAAGGCUCGACGAAUGGCUCGAUCUCGGCGCGUUCGUCGGCUCGCGUGCACGUGCGCGUGGCGGACACACGCGCGAGAGCCGAGGCGGCGGCACGCGUGUGCGGCGUUGCCUUCGCGCAGGAGACGCGCGCAUUCAAGGGCGCGCGCGACGACAAACGACGAAGCGUAUCGGAAGAUGCAGCGAGUAGCUCGGGAGGUUUCUCAGGGACUGACUUCGUGGACGACGUGGUGGAUUGGGUAGGAAGCAAGUUGGACGACUGGUAUGCGUCGUCCAUCACGAAGGAGCUCGCGCACUUGACGACGUUUCACAUUGAGGAGCGAAAGAGAGCGGGAGAGGAGCUCAGACGAACGGAACUUCCGAGCAGUGAGAGUAAUAAUGUACGGAAGAAUCGACUGCGUGCGAAGCGUCAGUGUCUGACGCUCAUCUCGCGGUUCGAGGAGGGAGGCGGCUGCGAGGGUUGGAUCGGAAGUGCAACGUUACGCGUGUGCACCCCCGAGGCGCUCCUUCCCGAGCCGUUUCCAUCGAUUAAACCUCGAGUACCAUACGUGAGCAAUGUCGCCGUCAGAGCUGAGGCUCGCGGUCGAGGUGCGGCGAGCUCGAUGUUAGAUAAGUGCGAGAGAGCCGCUCGCUCCUGGGGAUACGACCACCUGUGGCUUCACGUGGACGUCUGUAACCAGAGUGCGCGCGCGAUGUACGAGCGUCGAGGAUACGUCGUAUACGGUGAAGAUCCAUGGUGGUACGGUUUCGGCGGCAUUCUUGGUCCGAGACGCGUCUUACUCAGGAAAUGCGUGGUGUAA